UACACGAUUCCCGCGAUUUAUAAAUUAUCUGGCAACACUAAAAAGUAAGAAGAAGCAUGAGCGCACGAAAGGCAAAAUGGGUAAAAUGUGCCUUCAGCGAGAUGAACCUCACCUCAAGCCCAGCUUCCUCGGGCGCCACUCCAGCCAAGAGAACUCGACGUACCGGCAGUUUAUCCGAACUUUCAAGGACCCAAACCGAGAAUUCAUCGAUCACCCAAAAUGUGGUGGAUCUCACGUCGUCGGAAAAUGAUGAGGAGCCCCCACCGGCCAUCAGCGAGAAUUGGAUUGAGGGCUUUGCUCCCAGCUCUAGCGAGGAACUGGCCGUGCAUCCCAAGAAGGUCGGCGAGGUUCGCAGUUGGCUGCUGCACUGCGAAGCAGUUAGAAAGAAGUUUCCCGCUCAAAUAUGCCUGUUGACGGGACCUACAGGCGCGGGGAAAACUGCUACCCUACGGGUCCUGGCUAGGGAAAUGGGCUACCAGGUCCAGGAGUGGAUUAACCCCGUGGAUUGCGAGGUAGUCACGGUGCUGGGCGAUCAGCCAAGUGGCAGCGGCUAUGUGGGCUCCCACUUUGAGGCUUUCAAGAGUUUCCUGCUGAGAGCUUCGCGUUACAAAUCCCUGUUGGUGUCUCAGGAGAAGCGUUUGCUUCUGGUCGAGGACUUCCCCAAUAUCUUCCUCGGUGAAGGAGAGGCUUCCUUUGAAGAAUUGCUGGACGAUUACUCCUCCUAUGGGAAGUCACCGCUGAUAUUUAUAGUUGCGGAUUCCAAGUCCCGUGGGCUGAACAUCAGCUUUCGUUUAUUUCCCGAGCAACUAAAGGCCAAGCAUCGCAUCGAGCACAUCACCUUUAAUCCUAUUGCAACAACCAUCAUGCAAAAGUCGAUGAAGUCUUUCUGCUCCGUGAUGCAAAAACCCCAUAACAAGACCAUCUACAAGGUGCCGGCGCAGACAGUACUAGAGUCUAUUGUGGUGGGCGCCCAGGGCGACAUCCGAAACGCGUUGAUCAACUUGCACCUCAGCUCCCUGUUGGGAGUGCCGAGUAUGCCUACCAAAAAGCUCGAUGUGAGUGUGGCUGCAACCACCAAGGGUCGCAAAACAAAAGCUCAGAGCACCUUAAAGUCAAUUGGACGGGAUGAGUCCAUCACCCUUAUGCACGCCAUGGGCAGGGUGAUGAACCCCAAGAUUAACGAUUCGAAGCGGCUGCAGCAUAGUCCAGAGGGUAUAACCGAAUCCUUUCGCACCGAGCCGCGAAACUUUGUCAAUUUUAUCCACGCGAACUACCUACCCCAUUUUAAGGACAUAGGGGAUAUUGUGGACGCCAUUCAUGACUUGGGUUUGGCGGAUUGCAUGCUAAACGAAUACCGGGAUGAUAACCUUUCUGUAAUGGGACUUAACCUGGCUAUCCGCGGGGCUAUGCUGGCCAAUAAGGAACCGAUCAGUGGCUGGAUACCAGUGCGAGGACCCAAGAAGAUCCAAGUUAAAGCCGAUGCAAGCUUGGAGGAACAGAACCUGCUAGGUGUUAGAUACGCGGCCAUUUCCAAGAGCCUUUAUGCGACUGAAUACAGAUCUAUGGUGAAGCUUAUCGCCGAAAAACUGAAAGAUUCUGGCCAAACUACUAGGGCAUAGAUCAUUUAAUGUUUGUAUUUAAUAUAAGUUAACAUUUAAUAUUAAAAUCUGUGAAUUUAAAAUAAAAUACAAGAUGUCGCAAUCGAAACGUUUUAUUUCCUACAAAUCGGAUUCAUUAAAAAAAUUCCAUUAAAAUCGA